AUGGCCGAAUUCGUACGUGCCCAGAUUUUUGGCACGACCUUUGAGAUCACCAGCCGGUACACAGAUUUGCAACCCGUGGGAAUGGGUGCUUUCGGACUGGUCUGCUCUGCGAGGGAUCAAUUGACUGCACAGCCGGUUGCGGUCAAGAAAAUCAUGAAGCCUUUCAGCACCCCAGUGCUUUCCAAGCGGACAUAUCGCGAACUGAAGCUUUUGAAACAUUUACGGCACGAGAACAUCAUCAGCUUGAGUGAUAUUUUCAUUUCCCCUCUCGAGGACAUCUACUUUGUCACAGAGCUUCUCGGCACCGAUCUGCACAGACUUCUUACUUCCAGGCCACUGGAGAAACAGUUUAUCCAGUAUUUCUUAUACCAGAUUCUGCGGGGGUUGAAAUAUGUCCACUCCGCUGGAGUUGUCCACCGUGACCUGAAGCCCAGUAACAUUCUCAUCAAUGAGAAUUGCGAUCUCAAGAUUUGCGACUUUGGACUUGCCCGUAUCCAGGAUCCCCAGAUGACAGGAUAUGUUUCGACUAGGUAUUACCGUGCGCCGGAAAUCAUGCUCACGUGGCAGAAAUACGACGUGGAGGUGGACAUCUGGAGCGCCGCAUGUAUCUUUGCCGAGAUGCUAGAGGGAAAGCCUCUGUUCCCCGGAAAGGACCAUGUCAACCAGUUUUCCAUCAUUACGGAGCUUCUUGGCACGCCUCCAGACGAUGUGAUUCAGACCAUCUGCAGCGAGAAUACUCUACGGUUCGUCAAAUCACUACCGAAGCGCGAGCGCCAACCCCUCUCCACCAAGUUUAGAAAUGCAGAUGCGGACGGUAUGUGCCCUACAGAUUGGUUGGCGAGAUCGAAACUAAUGGAUGUAGCUGUUGAUCUCCUUGAGCGCAUGCUCGUCUUUGACCCGAAGAAGCGAAUUCGCGCUGACCAAGCGCUUGCGCAUGAAUAUCUUGCCCCGUACCAUGAUCCGACUGAUGAGCCGGAGGCGGAGGAGAAGUUCGAUUGGUCGUUUAAUGAUGCUGACCUGCCCGUGGACACCUGGAAGAUCAUGAUGUACUCUGAGAUCCUGGACUUCCACAAUAUUGACCAAGGUGGUGAUGUGAACCCAGCCCUUGUUGGAAGUGUCGCAGACGGCCAGCAAACCUUCCAAUGA